AUGUCCUCCUUCUUUGACUGUGUUGUUUCUCUCGAUGCCGAUUCACCACUGAACGAUUCGAUUUCCGAUGAAAACGAAAACCAUGUGGUGGAUUUGACUCUUGAAGCCUAUCGUACUGACGAUGGACAACCCUUCAUUCUUCCUGUCGUUCGAGAGGCUUUGUUGGAGUACGCAAAGAGCCCAUAUGGUUGUCAUGAUUAUCUUCCCAUUUUGGGGCAUGUGCUGUUCCGGGACUCUGCUAUGAAACUUGUCCUUGGAGAAGAUUCUCGAGCAAUCAAAGAAAACCGUGCUGCUGGAAUUCAAUGUCUUUCCGGAACUGGAACUCUUCGAUCUGGAGCUGAAUUUCUCGUUCAAGUUCUUCAUCUGGACACUGUUUACAUAUCUAAUCCGACAUGCCAUACUCAAUUCCGCAUAUUUGAAAAAUCUGGAUUCAAAUCGAUAAAAACGUAUUCAUAUUUGGAUCAAAUGAGUCAAUCGAUCGAUGUGACUCAAAUGAUAAAAGAUCUAGAGAUAGCUCCAGAAAAGUCGGUCGUUGUUUUAAGCGCCUGCGCUCAUAACCCAACCGGACUUGAUCCAAGCAGAUCUCAAUGGAAAGAAAUUUUUCAAGUGAUCAAGCGUCGCAACUUGUUUCCAUUCUUUACGGCCUUCGACCAGGGCUUAGCGUCAGGAGAUCUCGAUGACGACGCAUGGGCGGUGCGUUAUUUUGUGGAAAUGGAUUUGGAGAUGUUUAUAGCCCAGUCCAUGACGAGAACCUUCGGGCUCUACUCUUCACUAGUUGGCAACCUGACCGUCGUGGCAAGAACAUCAACGUUUAUGUCUCAGAUUGCAUCGCAAUUUACCUGUGUAAAUGUAUCCAAGUUCUCCAACCCUCCUGCCCACGGAGCAUGUAUCGUGAAAUCCAUUCUUACCAAUCAGGAUCUCAAGAUACAAUGGACGAACUCGUUAAAAACUAUGUACGAUAGAUUGAAAGAUGUGCGUAAUAAACUUAUUUCAUCGUUCGAAAAAAUGAAGACACCGGGACACUGGAUCCAUUUAAAACAACAGAAAGGUUUGUUUCUGUCCACUGGUCUUAACAGCAUUCAGAUAACAUAUCUGCUGAAUAACUACGGUGUUCGAAUUCUGGACAGUGGUUGUCUAAGUCUUUCCGGCUUGAAUACUCAAAACGUGGAGUACGUUGCCAGCGCAAUCGAUGCCGCUGUUCGUCAACUCCAAUAA